AUGGUGACCGACCAAGAUAGUGGGCAUCCGAUACUAUCUAAGCAGCGAGCCUACGUGAAUAAGCAACGGCAAGGAAGACAGCAAAGGUCAUCUAUCGCAUGUCUUUCUUGCAGGAAACGUCAUAUCAAGUGUCCUGGUGGUAAUCCAUGCCAGAAAUGUGUUGCGAGCAAUGCCAUAUGCGAGUAUUUGGAGCCGUCAAAAAAGAUCGUUGUGUCGACAAAAUAUCUGCAGCAACUGCAAAAGGAGUUGAACGAUAAAACUCAAGAGAAUAAUCGUUUAAGAGGCUUACUCUUGGAAAAGGCGGUUAACGCAUGUUGCAAGGACAAUGGUACAGGAAAGCACCCAAACAACGCGGCAACAAGUGACACGUUAGAAGUAUCCAGUGCUCCAGCAGCGCCUGUAUUUGAUCUGCAAUCCAAUAGUAGCACUACAUCCGAUAAUGAUGGUGAUGAUGAUGUGAACGGUACUAGCAGUGUAAAUAAUAAUAAUAAUAAUAAUAAUAAAGCUGUAGUUUCCCCUUUCAAUAAUAGACGCUACGAUCAUAGUUUGGAAAAAUACUAUAAUAAAUCGAUACGUUUCUUUGCACAGCCGUCCAGUGCAAAUGAAGAAAAUAAUAACAACACUGUUGACCGCGACGAUGAUGAAGAUGAUGAAGAGAUAUCGACAAAUUUUGCCCAAAGGAGUGGUAGACUGAUAGAAUCUCACAAUGGCUUCCACUAUUUUGUAGGAUCUUCUUCAAUGACUUUAUUUGGUUUGGAAAUUCAAUCUUUGGUUACAAAGUAUAUAUCGGUCAAAAAUUUCAGGCCUUUGCCAAUAAACACCAAGAACGAGAUUUUAAAUUCAAACUUGAACCCGACCAUAAGUUCCUUUAUAAAUUCAAAUAACUAUCUCUUUUCCUCCUACAUCUUUUUAAAUCCGAUAUCGAAAAUUGUCAACUUAAACUCAAUUAACGACAAUUUGUCUCCAUUGAUGUUUAAAAUAGUUUUGAAUAAGGAGAAGGAUGAAAACAACGGCCAAGGAGAUGCAAUACAUUUUCAAUUGCCUUCAUAUAAUUACACGAAACUAUUAAUCGACUGUUUUAUAAAUUAUAAUGACGGUUGUUUCUACUUCUUCAACGAAGGUCUCGUUAAAUGUGGAAUUAACAAAUUAUACCUGGAAAAUGAAUGGCUGUACUAUGAUAAUACCAAAAACACUUUGGACAAUGAAAAUGAUCCAGUUUUACAAGCUGUUUGGUUCUGCAAAAUUCUGUUGAUUUUGGCAGUAGGUGAAAUGUACUUGGGCUCCAUUAAUAUUGAAAUGUUGAAAAACUAUUCUAAUCAACCAAAAUUGCCUGGUUCCAAAUUCUUUCAAAUGGGUUCUAAAAUAUUCAAUUGUCUAUUUUCCAGUGAAAGGUUAGAAAACGUGACUAAGAAGGGUGGUAUUGAAGUCUUAUUGCUCUACGCGUUUUUCUUACAAGUGGCCGAUUACACCUUAGCUUCAUAUUUUUAUUUUGGUCAGGCUUUAAGGACAUGUUUGAUUUUAGGUUUACAUGUUGAUUCGCAAAGCGAUACUUUAACCAAAUACGAAAUUGAGCAUCACAGGAGACUUUGGUGGACGGUUUACAUGUUUGAAAGAAUGCUUAGCUCGAAAGCCGGUUUGCCAUUAAGUUUCACUGAUUAUACUAUCUCUACAGCAUUACCAGCAGAUAUCGAUGAUGAGACUAUUGAGGGCAAGAAUAAUCAAUAUGUUUUCAGGAAAGCCGAACUGAUUUCUAACUGCGUUACUAUUGUGAAAAUCAAUGCCCAAAUUUUAAGCAAAUUGUAUCAAAGGCAACCUGAAACCAACAUCAUAAUAACUCUAAAAGUUGUUAUUAAGCAGUUAUUGGAAUGGAGAAAUAAUUUAUCUGAUUCCUUACAGGUUGACUUCACGCAGAAGGAUGAAGAUUUCAAAAUAUCAAGGUUAUCAACUAAUAUGUUUACGGAAUACUUUCAAGGUAUUAACUUGGCCAUAAGGCCUUUAUUAUUUCAUUUUGCAUCCAUUCAGUUGAAAAGGUUUAAGACAAGUAAUACUUUCAUUAACUUACAAAACUAUUCUACCACAAUAUCUUCCUUGUUAACGUGCUCCCUACAUGCUUCUGUUAACACCAUCAGAUCUCUGUGGAGCUUAUUACAAAAUAAUAUGCUUGCUAUGUUCGGUUAUAUGGACAGAGAAUAUCUUUUUACCUCUUCUUGCACUUUAUUGUUAUUCAACACCGCCUUUGGUAUUCAUGAACAGACAUUAUAUCAUUUAGAUCAUUCUCUGGAAAUCUUCACGCAAAUGAGGAAUUUAGGUAAUAUCCCGGCAGGGUUAAGAAGAGCACAGUUACUAACAUUGAUGGCAAAUUUGGAUUUCCAUGGCAUAAUGAAUGAUUUGAUCACCAAAUACAACGAUAUUUUGAAAUUUGAUUCCAUGAACUGUGAAAAUGAUAACAUAGUGGAUAAUAACAAUGAACCCAAAAUAGAAAAGGAAAAUGAGAAAGUUUACAAAGACACUAAUCGCAUUGACCCUUCAAUUAUAGACUCCGAUAAAUCAAAGUCCAGUGCAAAUAUAAUCAAAAAUGAAUCUAUUCCAGAUAUUGUCAACAUACUUCCAGAAAGCACCAAGCAAACCAUGAGUGGUUAUAGUAAUGGUGGUAAUGAUGUUAAUGAUAUUAAUGAUAUUAACACAGAACCGUCAACUUUUUUUGACAUUAUAACUGCAAGCUUGGAAAACUCAUACCAAACCACCCUGACUAAAAAGGGAUCCCAAGUCAUGGAAAAAAACAUGGAUCAAUUAGAUUCUGUCCAUAAUUUAAAUGAUGAUGACUUACAACAAUUGUUAGAAGAUUUGGGCAAUAUCGACCAUUCUGAUGAAAAACUUUGGAAAGAAAUUACCGACCAAGCAAUGUGGUUGGGCAAUACUAUGGAUCCAACCGCUGCUGCUGGGAGUGAAAUUGACUUUACCGAUUAUUUAGGACCCUGA